CAAUAAGACAAAUUAUUAUCAAAUUGUAUCAUGGUAUCGGAGCCAGGUUUAAACCCUAGCCCUUUUUUUCGAGACUGUGCCUUCACCGCCGGUCUCCUUCCUCUCGCCGGUCGACCAUAAACGGCAACCAUGGCUCAAUCUUCAGAUCCGCUUGCUUCGCUUCCUUCUGGCGUCAAGCUUCUUCUCCGCAAUCUCCAUAAUCUUAUCCCAGAGAAGCUCACCGAUUCAUAUUAUCCUGCAUGGUCUCUCAAUGUCAAAACUGCUCUCGAGGCCAACCUUCUUCUUGGUUGGAUCGAUGGUCAUGAAGCUGCACCUCCAAAAAUCCUAUCCAAGGAUGGCAAGGAAAACCCUAACCUAGAAUUCCAAACAUGGAUUGUGAUUGAUACUCAGAUCCGUGCAUGCCUUCUUGCUGUCAUCAGUCCGUCUGUUCACAAGCAUGUCCGCAACUUCACCACAUCUGCCGAUCUAUGGAACGCUCUCGCUGCCCGGUAUAAUUCUGUUUCUACCGCUCACAUCUAUCAACUACGGGACAAACUUCACACACUCCGAAAAGGUACAAAAACUAUCACCCAGUACCUUGAUGAAGUUGCCACUAUCCUCACCGAUUUGGAUGCUCUCAACGAGGAAUAGGACACUCUCUUGUAAUCCCUAUAUAUAGGAACAUAUUUCUCAAUAUUCAAUAAGACAAAUUAUUAUCAAAUUGUAUCAUCCAUAAACUUUUACACUUUCC